AGAACGUAACACAAAGACUAAGAGAUGCAGCAUCUCAAAAUACUAGCACCACUUUUGGUGUUUUCUAUUUGCUACAAUGCUUUUGCUUGUUUAGCAUGUACAGUGACCAGCACGCAAAUAAGAACCAAAUCAGUCAAUGUAACCACCACCAUCUCCAAGAUUCACAUGUUCCCGUGUCCAAAUCCAGCGACUGACAUGCGCUGCUACACUACAAAGACCGUGCCCUCCUUUAAACUGACAAACCAGACCUACUUACACAAAGUAGAAUCGUGCUGCAAGGGAUACAGCAAAAACCCCAAAACCAACAAAUGUGAACCAAUAUGCAGCAAGUGCGUGAAUGGCAAAUGCACCGCACCCGAGGUAUGUACGUGCAACGCAGGAUACAAGAUGAAUCCCAAGACGAAGAUAUGCGACCCCGUGUGCACAAACUGCGUGAACGGAAUCUGUACCGCGCCGGGCAAGUGCCAGUGCAAUAAGGGAUACUCCCUGAAUGCAGCGACCAAAGUAUGCGGGCCAGUGUGCAGCAAGUGCGUGAAUGGCAAAUGCACCGCACCCGAGGUAUGUACGUGCAACGCAGGAUACAAGAUGAAUCCCAAGACGAAGAUAUGCGACCCCGUGUGCACAAACUGCGUGAACGGAAUCUGUACUGCGCCGGGCAAGUGCCAGUGCAAUAAGGGAUACUCCCUGAAUGCAGCGACCAAAGUAUGCGGGCCAGUGUGCAGCAAGUGCGUGAAUGGCAAAUGCACCGCACCCGAGGUAUGUACGUGCAACGCAGGAUACAAGAUGAAUCCCAAGACGAAGAUAUGCGACCCCGUGUGCACAAACUGCGUGAACGGAAUCUGUACCGCGCCGGGCAAGUGCCAGUGCAAUAAGGGAUACUCCCCGAAUGCAGCGACCAAAGUAUGCGGGCCAGUGUGCAGCAAGUGCGUGAAUGGCAAAUGCACCGCACCCGAGGUAUGUACGUGCAACGCAGGAUACAAGAUGAAUCCCAAGACGAAGAUAUGCGACCCCGUGUGCACAAACUGCGUGAACGGAAUCUGUACCGCGCCGGGCAAGUGCCAGUGCAAUAAGGGAUACUCGCUGAAUGCAGCGACCAAAGUAUGCGGGCCAGUGUGCAGCAAGUGCGUGAAUGGCAAAUGCACCGCACCCGAGGUAUGUACGUGCAACGCAGGAUACAAGAUGAAUCCCAAGACGAAGAUAUGCGACCCCGUGUGCACAAACUGCGUGAACGGAAUCUGUACCGCGCCGGGCAAGUGCCAGUGCAAUAAGGGAUACUCCCCGAAUGCAGCGACCAAAGUAUGCGGGCCAGUGUGCAGCAAGUGCGUGAAUGGCAAAUGCACCGCACCCGAGGUAUGUACGUGCAACGCAGGAUACAAGAUGAAUCCCAAGACGAAGAUAUGCGACCCCGUGUGCACAAACUGCGUGAACGGAAUCUGUACCGCGCCGGGCAAGUGCCAGUGCAAUAAGGGAUACUCGCUGAAUGCAGCGACCAAAGUAUGCGGGCCAGUGUGCAGCAAGUGCGUGAAUGGCAAAUGCACCGCACCCGAGGUAUGUACGUGCAACGCAGGAUACAAGAUGAAUCCCAAGACGAAGAUAUGCGACCCCGUGUGCACAAACUGCGUGAACGGAAUCUGUACCGCGCCGGGCAAGUGCCAGUGCAAUAAGGGAUACUCCCUGAAUGCAGCGACCAAAGUAUGCGGGCCAGUGUGCAGCAAGUGCGUGAAUGGCAAAUGCACCGCACCCGAGGUAUGUACGUGCAACGCAGGAUACAAGAUGAAUCCCAAGACGAAGAUAUGCGACCCCGUGUGCACAAACUGCGUGAACGGAAUCUGUACCGCGCCGGGCAAGUGCCAGUGCAAUAAGGGAUACUCCCUGAAUGCAGCGACCAAAGUAUGCGGGCCAGUGUGCAGCAAGUGCGUGAAUGGCAAAUGCACCGCACCCGAGGUAUGUACGUGCAACGCAGGAUACAAGAUGAAUCCCAAGACGAAGAUAUGCGACCCCGUGUGCACAAACUGCGUGAACGGAAUCUGUACCGCGCCGGGCAAGUGCCAGUGCAAUAAGGGAUACUCCCUGAAUGCAGCGACCAAAGUAUGCGGGCCAGUGUGCAGCAAGUGCGUGAAUGGCAAGUGCACCGCACCCGAGAUAUGUACGUGCAACGCAGGAUACAAGAUGAAUCCCAAGACGAAGAUAUGCGACCCCGUGUGCACAAACUGCGUGAACGGAAUCUGUACCGCGCCGGGCAAGUGCCAGUGCAAUAAGGGAUACUCGCUGAAUGCAGCGACCAAAGUAUGCGGGCCAGUGUGCAGCAAGUGCGUGAAUGGCAAAUGCACCGCACCCGAGGUAUGUACGUGCAACGCAGGAUACAAGAUGAAUCCCAAGACGAAGAUAUGCGACCCCGUGUGCACAAACUGCGUGAACGGAAUCUGUACUGCGCCGGGCAAGUGCCAGUGCAAUAAGGGAUACUCCCUGAAUGCAGCGACCAAAGUAUGCGGGCCAGUGUGCAGCAAGUGCGUGAAUGGCAAAUGCACCGCACCCGAGGUAUGUACGUGCAACGCAGGAUACAAGAUGAAUCCCAAGACGAAGAUAUGCGACCCCGUGUGCACAAACUGCGUGAACGGAAUCUGUACCGCGCCGGGCAAGUGCCAGUGCAAUAAGGGAUACUCCCCGAAUGCAGCGACCAAAGUAUGCGGGCCAGUGUGCAGCAAGUGCGUGAAUGGCAAAUGCACCGCACCCGAGGUAUGUACGUGCAACGCAGGAUACAAGAUGAAUCCCAAGACGAAGAUAUGCGACCCCGUGUGCACAAACUGCGUGAACGGAAUCUGUACCGCGCCGGGCAAGUGCCAGUGCAAUAAGGGAUACUCCCCGAAUGCAGCGACCAAAGUAUGCGGGCCAGUGUGCAGCAAGUGCGUGAAUGGCAAAUGCACCGCACCCGAGGUAUGUACGUGCAACGCAGGAUACAAGAUGAAUCCCAAGACGAAGAUAUGCGACCCCGUGUGCACAAACUGCGUGAACGGAAUCUGUACCGCGCCGGGCAAGUGCCAGUGCAAUAAGGGAUACUCGCUGAAUGCAGCGACCAAAGUAUGCGGGCCAGUGUGCAGCAAGUGCGUGAAUGGCAAAUGCACCGCACCCGAGGUAUGUACGUGCAACGCAGGAUACAAGAUGAAUCCCAAGACGAAGAUAUGCGACCCCGUGUGCACAAACUGCGUGAACGGAAUCUGUACCGCGCCGGGCAAGUGCCAGUGCAAUAAGGGAUACUCCCUGAAUGCAGCGACCAAAGUAUGCGGGCCAGUGUGCAGCAAGUGCGUGAAUGGCAAAUGCACCGCACCCGAGGUAUGUACGUGCAACGCAGGAUACAAGAUGAAUCCCAAGACGAAGAUAUGCGACCCCGUGUGCACAAACUGCGUGAACGGAAUCUGUACCGCGCCGGGCAAGUGCCAGUGCAAUAAGGGAUACUCCCUGAAUGCAGCGACCAAAGUAUGCGGGCCAGUGUGCAGCAAGUGCGUGAAUGGCAAAUGCACCGCACCCGAGGUAUGUACGUGCAACGCAGGAUACAAGAUGAAUCCCAAGACGAAGAUAUGCGACCCCGUGUGCACAAACUGCGUGAACGGAAUCUGUACCGCGCCGGGCAAGUGCCAGUGCAAUAAGGGAUACUCCCUGAAUGCAGCGACCAAAGUAUGCGGGCCAGUGUGCAGCAAGUGCGUGAAUGGCAAGUGCACCGCACCCGAGAUAUGUACGUGCAACGCAGGAUACAAGAUGAAUCCCAAGACGAAGAUAUGCGACCCCGUGUGCACAAACUGCGUGAACGGAAUCUGUACCGCGCCGGGCAAGUGCCAGUGCAAUAAGGGAUACUCCCUGAAUGCAGCGACCAAAGUAUGCGGGCCAGUGUGCAGCAAGUGCGUGAAUGGCAAAUGCACCGCACCCGAGGUAUGUACGUGCAACGCAGGAUACAAGAUGAAUCCCAAGACGAAGAUAUGCGACCCCGUGUGCACAAACUGCGUGAACGGAAUCUGUACCGCGCCGGGCAAGUGCCAGUGCAAUAAGGGAUACUCCCCGAAUGCAGCGACCAAAGUAUGCGGGCCAGUGUGCAGCAAGUGCGUGAAUGGCAAAUGCACCGCACCCGAGGUAUGUACGUGCAACGCAGGAUACAAGAUGAAUCCCAAGACGAAGAUAUGCGACCCCGUGUGCACAAACUGCGUGAACGGAAUCUGUACUGCGCCGGGCAAGUGCCAGUGCAAUAAGGGAUACUCCCUGAAUGCAGCGACCAAAGUAUGCGGGCCAGUGUGCAGCAAGUGCGUGAAUGGCAAAUGCACCGCACCCGAGGUAUGUACGUGCAACGCAGGAUACAAGAUGAAUCCCAAGACGAAGAUAUGCGACCCCGUGUGCACAAACUGCGUGAACGGAAUCUGUACCGCGCCGGGCAAGUGCCAGUGCAAUAAGGGAUACUCCCUGAAUGCAGCGACCAAAGUAUGCGGGCCAGUGUGCAGCAAGUGCGUGAAUGGCAAAUGCACCGCACCCGAGGUAUGUACGUGCAACGCAGGAUACAAGAUGAAUCCCAAGACGAAGAUAUGCGACCCCGUGUGCACAAACUGCGUGAACGGAAUCUGUACUGCGCCGGGCAAGUGCCAGUGCAAUAAGGGAUACUCCCUGAAUGCAGCGACCAAAGUAUGCGGGCCAGUGUGCAGCAAGUGCGUGAAUGGCAAAUGCACCGCACCCGAGGUAUGUACGUGCAACGCAGGAUACAAGAUGAAUCCCAAGACGAAGAUAUGCGACCCCGUGUGCACAAACUGCGUGAACGGAAUCUGUACCGCGCCGGGCAAGUGCCAGUGCAAUAAGGGAUAUUCCCUGAAUGCAGCGACCAAAGUAUGCGGGCCAGUGUGCAGCAAGUGCGUGAAUGGCAAAUGCACCGCACCCGAGGUAUGUACGUGCAACGCAGGAUACAAGAUGAAUCCCAAGACGAAGAUAUGCGACCCCGUGUGCACAAACUGCGUGAACGGAAUCUGUACUGCGCCGGGCAAGUGCCAGUGCAAUAAGGGAUACUCCCUGAAUGCAGCGACCAAAGUAUGCGGGCCAGUGUGCAGCAAGUGCGUGAAUGGCAAAUGCACCGCACCCGAGGUAUGUACGUGCAACGCAGGAUACAAGAUGAAUCCCAAGACGAAGAUAUGCGACCCCGUGUGCACAAACUGCGUGAACGGAAUCUGUACUGCGCCGGGCAAGUGCCAGUGCAAUAAGGGAUACUCCCUGAAUGCAGCGACCAAAGUAUGCGAGCCAGUGUGCAGCAAGUGCGUGAAUGGCAAAUGCACCGCACCCGAGGUAUGUACGUGCAACGCAGGAUACAAGAUGAAUCCCAAGACGAAGAUAUGCGACCCCGUGUGCACAAACUGCGUGAACGGAAUCUGUACUGCGCCGGGCAAGUGCCAGUGCAAUAAGGGAUACUCCCUGAAUGCAGCGACCAAAGUAUGCGGGCCAGUGUGCAGCAAGUGCGUGAAUGGCAAAUGCACCGCACCCGAGGUAUGUACGUGCAACGCAGGAUACAAGAUGAAUCCCAAGACGAAGAUAUGUGACCCCGUGUGCACAAACUGCGUGAACGGAAUCUGUACCGCGCCGGGCAAGUGCCAGUGCAACAAGGGAUAUUCGCUGAACGCAGCCACCAAAGUGUGCGGGCCAGUGUGCAGCAAGUGCGUGAAUGGCAAAUGCACCGCACCCGAGGUAUGUACGUGCAACGCAGGAUACAAGAUGAAUCCCAAGACGAAGAUAUGCGACCCCGUGUGCACAAACUGCGUGAACGGAAUCUGUACCGCGCCGGGCAAGUGCCAGUGCAAUAAGGGAUACUCCCUGAAUGCAGCGACCAAAGUGUGCGGGCCAGUGUGCAGCAAGUGCGUAAAUGGCAAAUGCACCGCACCCGAAGUAUGCACAUGCAAUGCAGACUACAAACUCAACCCCAUCACGAAGGUGUGUGAUCCAGUGUGUACUAACUGCAUGAACGGAAUCUGCACUGCACCAGGCAAAUGUCAGUGCAAUAAAAGGUAUUCGCUGAAUGCAGUCACCAAAAUAUGCGACCCCGUCUGCAGCAAGUGCGUGAACGGCAAAUGCACCGCACCUGAAGUAUGUACAUGCAAUACAGGCUAUAAACUCAACCCCAUCACGAAGGUGUGUGAUCCAGUGUGUAUUAACUGCAUGAACGGAAUCUGCACUGCACCAGGCAAGUGCCAGUGCAAUCAGGGGUAUUCAAUGAAUGCAACCGCCCAAGUAUGCGACCCCAUCUGCAGCAAGUGCGCGAAUGGCGAAUGCACCGCACCCGAAGUAUGCACAUGCAAUGCAGACUACAAACUCAACCCCAUCACGAAGGUGUGUGAUCCAGUGUGUACUAACUGCAUGAACGGAAUAUGCACUGCACCAGGCAAAUGUCAGUGCAAUAAAGGGUAUUCGCUGAAUGCAGUCACCAAAAUAUGCGACCCCGUCUGCAGCAAGUGCGUAAAUGGCAAAUGCACCGCACCCGAAGUAUGUACAUGCAAUGCAGGCUACAAACUCAACGCCAUCACGAAGGUGUGUGACCCAGUGUGUACUAACUGCAUGAACGGAAUCUGCACUGCACCAGGCAAAUGUCAGUGCAAUAAAAGGUAUUCGCUGAAUGCAGUCACCAAAAUAUGCGACCCCGUCUGCAGCAAGUGCGUGAACGGCAAAUGCACCGCACCUGAAGUAUGUACAUGCAAUACAGGCUAUAAACUCAACCCCAUCACGAAGGUGUGUGAUCCAGUGUGUAUUAACUGCAUGAACGGAAUCUGCACUGCACCAGGCAAGUGCCAGUGCAAUCAGGGGUAUUCAAUGAAUGUAACCGCCCAAGUAUGCGACCCCAUCUGCAGCAAGUGCGCGAAUGGCAAAUGCACCGCACCCGAAGUAUGCACAUGCAAUGCAGACUACAAACUCAACCCCAUCACGAAGGUGUGUGAUCCAGUGUGUACUAACUGCAUGAACGGAAUAUGCACCGCACCAGGCAAAUGUCAGUGCAAUAAAGGGUAUUCGCUGAAUGCAGUCACCAAAAUAUGCGACCCCGUCUGCAGCAAGUGCGUAAAUGGCAAAUGCACCGCACCUGAAGUAUGUACAUGCAAUGCAGGCUACAAACUGAACCCCAUCACGAAGGUGUGUGAUCCAGUGUGCACUAACUGCGUGAACGGAAUCUGCACUGCACCAGGCAAAUGUCAGUGCAAUAAAGGGUAUUCGCUGAAUGCAGUCACCAAAAUAUGCGACCCCGUCUGCAGCAAGUGCGUGAACGGUAAAUGCACCGCACCCGAAGUAUGUACAUGCAAUGCAGGCUACAAACUCAACCCCAUCACGAAGGUAUGUGAUCCAGUGUGCACUAACUGCGUGAACGGAAUCUGCACUGCACCAGGCAAAUGUCAGUGCAAUAAAGGGUAUUCGCUGAAUGCAGUCACCAAAAUAUGCGAACCCAUCUGCAGCAAGUGCGUGAAUGGCAAAUGCACCGCACCCGAAGUAUGUACAUGCAAUGUAGACUACAAACUCAACCCCCUCACGAAGGUGUGUGAUCCAGUGUGCACUAACUGCGUGAAUGGAAUCUGCACUGCACCAGGCAAAUGUCAGUGCAAUAAAGGGUAUUCGCUGAAUGCAGUCACCAAAAUAUGCGACCCCGUCUGCAGCAAGUGCGUGAACGGUAAAUGCACCGCACCCGAAGUAUGUACAUGCAAUGCAGGCUACAAACUCAACCCCAUCACGAAGGUGUGUGAUCCAGUGUGCACUAACUGCGUGAACGGAAUCUGCACUGCACCAGGCAAAUGUCAGUGCAAUAAAGGGUAUUCGCUGAAUGCAGUCACCAAAAUAUGCGAACCCAUCUGCAGCAAGUGCGUGAAUGGCAAAUGCACCGCACCCGAAGUAUGUACAUGCAAUGUAGACUACAAACUCAACCCCCUCACGAAGGUGUGUGAUCCAGUGUGCACUAACUGCGUGAAUGGAAUCUGCACUGCACCAGGCAAAUGUCAGUGCAAUAAAGGGUAUUCGCUGAAUGCAGUCACCAAAAUAUGCGACCCCGUCUGCAGCAAGUGCGUGAACGGUAAAUGCACCGCACCCGAAGUAUGUACAUGCAAUGCAGGCUACAAACUCAACCCCAUCACGAAGGUGUGUGAUCCAGUGUGCACUAACUGCGUGAACGGAAUCUGCACUGCACCAGGCAAAUGUCAGUGCAAUAAAGGGUAUUCGCUGAAUGCAGUCACCAAAAUAUGCGAACCCGUCUGCAGCAAGUGCGUGAAUGGCAAAUGCACCGCACCCGAAGUAUGUACAUGCAAUGUAGACUACAAACUCAACCCCCUCACGAAGGUGUGUGAUCCAGUGUGCACUAACUGCGUGAAUGGAAUCUGCACUGCACCAGGCAAGUGCCAGUGCAACCAGGGGUAUUCAAUGAAUGCAACCGCCCAAGUAUGCGACCCCAUCUGCAGUAGGUGCGUGAAUGGUAUAUGCACUAUGCCCGAGGUUUGCACAUGCAACGAAGGGUAUAAGAUGAAUAGUCAUACAAGAGCCUGUGAUCCUGUGUGUGCCAAUUGCGCAAAUGGGAACUGCACUGCACCUGGAAAUUGUCAAUGUAAAAUGGGAUAUUUGCUCAAUUCAGCUACAGGUGCUUGUGAUCCGGUCUGCACCGAAACCUGUUUAAAUGGAUAUUGCUCUGGACCAGACCAGUGUUCUUGUUACGAAGGAUACGCGCUAUUUAAUGAAAGUCGAAAUAUUUGUAAACCUAUUUGCGUUAGAGGAUGCCUGAAUGGUGCCUGCGUAAAGCCCAAUUUAUGUGAAUGCUUUGAAGGGUACAUUCCCGAGAGCGCUGAGAAAGGGAAUUUUGUCUGCGUAUUGGCUUGUACGGUGGAAUGUGGGAAUGGCACUUGCUUGGCGCCAAACCAGUGUGACUGUUUCGAGGGUUACCACUUUGCUAAUGGCACCUGUAUUGAUAACAUGCUUUCAACUGGGUCGAUUGGAAUUGACAGCAAACCAUGGUUUGUUAGGAAUAUUCGGUGGAUUGCCGCAGGGCUCGGCGUGUCCGUAUGUUCGAUGGUAAUGAUUGGAUUAGGUUUCAGGCGCUUUAGAAGAAAGGCUGCUCCAGCCACGUUUGAAGUAGAGAAGGAUCCCACAUAUGUUUACAAUCCUAUUUAUGAAGCCAUAAAAGAAUAA